GAUACAGCCACAAUCCCUCAGUCCCUCAGUCCAAUCGAAAGAAGAACCCAGGAACCCAGCAACCCAGGAACCCAGCAACCCAGCACAUCAUGGCUUCACGUAACUUGGCAUUCAUUUUGCUGCUGCUGCGCUGCCUGGCCGGCGAUAGCUUCGCCCUGGAGCUCGACGAUGACGCCUCGCCGCGCAUUGUGGGCGGCACGCGGGCCGUGGCGGGGCAGUUUCCCCACCAAAUCUCGCUGCGGCGCAACAAUCGCUUCACCUGCGGCGGCUCCAUACUGUCGGCCAGCUACGUCCUGACAGCCGCCCACUGUGUCAAGUCGGGCCGCAAUGUCACUCCAGCCUCACAGCUGAGCAUUCGGGCGGGCACCUUGCGGCUCUCCGGCGGUGGAGUGCGCGUGAACGUGGCCCAGGUGGCUGUGCAUCCGCGGUACGGCGGCUCCGGCCACGAUGUGGCCGUGCUGCGCCUGGCCUCCGCUCUGCAGUUCAGCUCCGAUAUAAGGGCCAUCGCGCUGGCCGGCAGUGAUCCGCCCAACAACGCCCUGGUGGACAUCUCCGGCUGGGGGGCCAUCUUCCAGAACGGGCCCGUCUCCGAUGAGCUGCUCUACGUGCAUGUGCGCAGCCUCGCCCGCGACACCUGCCAGCAGACGUACUUCAGGCGGCUGCCCGAGACGACCAUGUGCCUGCUGCACGAGGCCCAGAAGGGCGCCUGCCACGGCGACUCUGGCGGCCCUGCCACCUACGACGGCCAACUGGUGGGCGUCGCCAGCUUUGUGAUGGGCGGCUGCGGCAGAGCAGCGCCCGACGGCUACGAGCGCAUCUCCGUGCUGGGCCCAUGGAUACGCCAGACAGCCAAACUGUAGAUGGCCGAUGGGAUCAUCUGCCCCUUCGGCUUCUCUCGCCAAUUGUAACCGUUUUUUUGGGAACAGUAAAGAGCGCCAACGAGCAUUAUA